CAUGGUCGCGGCUGCCCUCCCCGUCAGCCGCCCUCUCCGCCGCGGUGCGCUGGCUGCAGGAAGCCGCCGCGCCGCCGCUUUUGUUGUCAGGGACCCCGCGAGGAGCGCCGUUUGCCGGCCGCCGCUGUCUCUUAACUGCAGCCCGCGCUUCGGCCGCGGGUCCCGGGCGCUCCGCCCGCCCUGCCCAUGAGGGGGCCCCGCGACCACCGCUGCCUCCAGUCCGGGGCGGCGCGGCGCUGAGGCGCAGGGGGCGCUGCCCCCUCUGCGGGAAGCGGGCGGCCUUGGUCCCCUCCCCGAGGGCACCAUGGAGGUGAAUGCAGGAGGUGUGAUUGCCUACAUCAGUUCUUCCAGCUCGGCCUCCAGCCCUGCCUCUUGUAACAGUGAGGGUUCUGAGAACAGUUUCCAGUCCUCCUUCUCUUCUGUUCCAUCUUCUCCAAAUAGCUCUAAUUCAGAUAACAAUGGUAAUCCCAAAAAUGGUGAUCUCUCCAAUAUUGAAGGCAUCCUGAAGAAUGAUCGAAUAGAUUGUUCAAUGAAAACAAGCAAAGCCAGUGCACCUGGGAUGACAAAGAGUCACAGUGGAGUGACAAAAUUCAGUGGCAUGGUUCUGCUGUGUAAAGUCUGUGGGGAUGUGGCAUCGGGAUUCCACUAUGGAGUUCAUGCUUGUGAAGGCUGUAAGGGUUUCUUUCGGAGAAGCAUUCAGCAAAACAUCCAGUACAAGAAGUGCCUGAAGAAUGAAAACUGUUCUAUAAUGAGAAUGAAUAGGAACAGAUGUCAGCAGUGUCGCUUCAAAAAGUGUUUGUCUGUUGGAAUGUCGAGAGAUGCUGUUCGGUUUGGUCGUAUUCCUAAGCGUGAAAAACAGAGGAUGCUAAUUGAAAUGCAAAGUGCGAUGAAGACCAUGAUGAACAGCCAGUUCAGUGGUCACUUACAGAAUGACACAUUAGUAGAACAUCACGAACAGACAGCCUUACCAGCCCAGGAACAGCUGCGACCCAAGCCCCAGCUGGAGCAAGAAAACAUCAAAAGCUCUUCUCCUCCCUCUUCUGACUUUGCAAAAGAAGAAGUGAUUGGCAUGGUGACCAGAGCCCACAAGGAUACCUUUAUGUAUAAUCAAGAGCAGCGAGAAAACUCAGCAGAGAGCAUGCAGCCCCAGAGAGAACGGAUUCCCAAGAACAUGGAGCAGUAUAAUUUAACUCAUGACCAUUGUGGCAGUGGGCUUAGCAGCCAUUUUCCUUGUGAUGAAAGCCAGCAGAAUCUCAAUGGACAGUACAAAGGGAGGAACAUACUGCAUUACCCAAAUGGGCAUGCCAUUUGCAUUGCAAAUGGACAUUGUAUGAACUUCUCCAAUGCUUAUACUCAAAGAGUAUGUGAUAGAGUUUCGAUAGAUGGAUUUUCUCAGAAUGAGAACAAGAAUAGUUACCUGUGCAACAAUGGAGGGAGAAUGCAUCUGGUUUGUCCAAUGAGUAAGUCUCCGUAUGUGGAUCCUCACAAAUCAGGGCAUGAAAUCUGGGAAGAAUUUUCAAUGAGCUUCACCCCAGCAGUGAAAGAAGUUGUGGAAUUUGCAAAGCGUAUUCCUGGAUUCAGAGACCUCUCUCAGCAUGACCAGGUCAACCUUUUAAAGGCUGGGACUUUUGAGGUUUUAAUGGUACGAUUUGCAUCAUUAUUUGAUGCAAAGGAGCGUACGGUCACGUUUUUAAGUGGAAAGAAGUAUAGUGUGGAUGAUUUACACUCAAUGGGAGCAGGGGAUCUGCUAAACUCUAUGUUUGAGUUUAGUGAGAAGCUGAAUGCCCUUCAACUUAGUGAUGAAGAGAUGAGUUUGUUUACAGCAGUUGUCCUGGUAUCUGCAGAUCGAUCUGGAAUAGAAAACGUCAACUCUGUGGAGGCUUUGCAGGAAACCCUCAUCCGUGCACUAAGGACCUUAAUAAUGAAAAAUCAUCCAAACGAGGCCUCUAUUUUUACAAAACUUCUUCUAAAGUUGCCAGAUCUUCGAUCUUUAAACAACAUGCACUCUGAGGAGCUCUUGGCCUUUAAAGUUCACCCCUAAGGCCUUUGUUUAUUUAAAUAUGAACUAAUUAUGCUAACUGUACAUUUUGUGCUAAAAUGCUUAUUUAUAUGUGUAUACAAUAUGUGGACAUAGAAAAGACCUUUAAGACAAUACAGGAUUGUAGGCCCUCUCUGUAAUCGUGCAGUAGCUGUUUGGAUUGAGAUUUCUUCAGCCAUGAUUAGUCAUUGACCGCCUUUCCUUGAUAGACCAGUCAGCUGUGUUGCACUUAAACUGGAGAAGUUACACUGAAUUAUAGUUACACUGAAUGUUAGACUUUUUCAUCUGCCAAAACCAAAAACCAUUUUUGAUCUCCCUGUGGUAUAGAUAUAACGCACAAUCACAAGCAUAUAAGGACUUAAAGAUUAAUCUUUUGUGGUAGAAGUUCUAUUGUAUGAAGGAAACUUGAUUUCACCACAAGACUAUUUGAUCUGGUAAUUGAAGACUUGGUAAGUGAGGAGAGUUCCAUGUCUGGAUUUCACUCUGCCGCUGUUCAUGUGUAUGAUCCUGGGCAGAUUAAUUGGUUGUGGAAAAUGAGAAGGGAUAGUGUUCCCAAUGCCCCACCUCACAGAGAUACUAAAAAAAUGUCUAUAAAGCAUAUUUACCUCUUGGGAGAUAGGCACUAUGUAAAUAAGGUAAAGUUUUUGUUGUUAUAAUUAUUCAUUGUAAUAAUCUUUUCUUACUUGUAAGCAUUUCUGAGAAAUCAUUUCACAGUCCACACCAAUCUAUUCUUCAGGGUUCCUGCAUAUGUGUGGGGUGUUGUCCUGGCACACAUAUUCAAAGUUUAUGGGUACAUCAGAUGCAUAGUAUGUGUACAUAAUAUGUAUGUGAAUAUAGUUAUACAUAAAUAUAUUUCUUCACAAUAUUUUAAACUGUGAAGAACUUUAUCAUACAAUAAACUUAAAACAAGAGGUGUCAGAAGACACAAAUUAGGUGCAUUUUACCUGUUGAUGACAUAAUCAUUGCUUUAAAUGUUUAGACAGUACAAUAUUGGAUUUAUGCUCUAUUUUUGUUUAAGCAACACUUAAUGUAAAAGUGCAACAGGCAGUCGAGUCCAAAUUUCAAAAAAAUAAUGUAUUUUAGAGCUCAUUUUUGGUUCAAGGUACUAGUUGUUUGAAAGUUCAUUCAAAUUCUUACCUUGUACUAAAAAAAGUUGCAUUGCUGCCCUUUACACACAUGCUGCAGCUUGAUGACAAAUAUUUUUAUUCUUUCUGGAGAACCAGCGUUUAAGAAAAUCGUUUAGUAUGUUGGUGCGCGCUUACGUGUGUGUGUGUGUGUGUGUGUGUGAGAGAGAGAGAGAGAGAGCGAGAGCGAGCGAGAGAGAGAGAGAGAGAGAGAGAGAGAGAGAGAGAGAGAGAAAACGCGUGCAAGUGUGUUCUGAAUCCACUUUUUUUAAUUUUUUUAUUCCUAAAUGACACUACAGGGAUUUUGUCACAUUAGAUUUAAUCUAUAAUUUGGAAAAUCAUUUAGUGUGUGACCUACAGGUUUAGAAAUGGUAUUAUCAAAGACAUUUCAUCCACAUUUUUAAUAUUGGGCUUUAUUAAAUAGAUAAGAUAAACCUCUGUUUAUGGCAGUAGGAGAAAUAGCCAAAGUUGAGGAUUUUAUGUAUGUUUUUCUGUUUCCCUAGGAAAUAGCAAUUAAUUGUUUUUUUUUUGUUUUUUGUUUUUGGUAAAGAUUGCCUUCUGUGUAAUUUUUGGAUUAUAUAAAAUUGCAAAAGUGAAAAGAGCCCGUUUUACUGUACUCAGCCUGUUACUUUAAUGACAUUUGAGCAGAAUGCCUUAUUUCGUAAUCUUGUUUAACUUGUUGCUACGGGGACUUGAAUUUCUGUGGCACUAGUUAAGUAAGUGAAAAUCAAAGUUAAACCCUCUCAUUAUUAAAGAGGAAAGGUGAUGGUGACAUCUGUAAUACAAUAUAAACCAUAAUUGUGAUUUACCUUAAAUAGGUGUGACUUUUAUGGGAUAUACAAUAUAGUUUUUGUGAAUUCUUGACAUGAUAGGAUUAUCUUUUUGUAAUUUUUUUUUUUCCUAAGAUAAAUGCAUACUUUUCUUCUAUGGGGGAUAGAAACAGCUUUUUGAAGUAAUGCUAAAAGCCUCAAAGAUCAUGUUGAUUCUUAAUUUUUGCCUUUUGCAUAAGCCUCUUUAUAACAUGUAUCUUUAAAACAAUUACUAAGUCUUUAGGAAUGUAUAACCAGAAGUAUGUUAGUAUUGCUUAUAAAACCUUACUUAGGUUCAAUAUGUACACGUAUACAUCUAUGUAUAGAUAUAUAGAUUUGCAUUUUGUCUUGUAAACUUUUAUUUGAAUGAAUUCUUCCUGUAGGGUAAUGGGAAACAAAAUUAAUAGUUCAUAUGCCACUCAUAGCAUUUCUAUAUUUGAAAAUAGCCCAAUAUUGAAACUUCUAAAAUUAAACCAGCAGCCUAUUACAAGCACAUUCUUUGAUUGAGUCAUUGGUUUUAAAUGUACUCUAUGUGGAGGAGACACCCAGUUUAGGAAACUUCUGAGUGGGUGGGACCCUGUUGAUUAAUUAAUAAUGUACUGUAUUAAGUGAUGCUUUAACUCUGAUUUUACAUUGUAAAGUUAAAAUAUGGGCAUUAUGUCAGCAAACUUAAGGGCAUUAUGUCAGCAAGCUACGACUUUUUUUUCCUGUGCUUUUAAUGUAUCUCUACACGAUCUGAUAGAGGAUUCAAGCUUUUAGAGAGAAAUAGCUGAGGGAAAGGGGAAACAUCUUCUUGCGAUGAAGCUUUUCCAUGUGGUGAUGGUUUAAUUACAGAUUAAAAACCUAGAAGGAAAUUUCAGUGGGUUAUGUGUAUAGCUGUUGUAUCUACAUUUGUAACUUGAUGAGAUAUGAUUUAUUUUAUGUAAACAUCAUUGCAAAGCAAGGUGUAGAAGCUCAGCUAGAUUUAUUACUGUGCACGAGAGUAAGUAACUAUCAAUUAUUCUUUCUCUUUUCCAAUAUAAAGUUUGCUGAAUGUACAAGAAGAGUUUAUCACUUAGGAUAUAGAAUUUUUUUUAGGGGUUGGGGGGAGGGGCUCUGUCAGGAAAUGACUUGUAAACAAAGAUUGUCUUGAUUUGAUCUGAAACAAAACUUGAAGAUAUUCUUGAACUAACUUGGAAAAAUAAAAUGGCUGUUUUUUAAAAAAUAUGGAACUAUAUGGUUGACAAGAUAUGAAUUAAAUUUAUUUUCUACAAACUGGUAUUGAUGAGGACAUGGAUAAUACCUUCAUGUUUCUGAAAAGUAAUCUGUACAUGGGGGGAGGGGAUAAUAAAUAUUUCUAACCAAG